AUCGUCAUAGUUUCCCACUCGCACUCGAUUCUCGGAAACCCUAGCUCACUCAUCCCAAACGAACCAACCAUGCCGCCGAAGCUUGACCCCUCACAGGUCGUCGACGUCUAUGUCCGAGUCACCGGCGGCGAGGUCGGUGCGGCGAGUUCUCUGGCCCCGAAGAUCGGUCCUCUCGGGCUCUCCCCCAAGAAGAUCGGAGAAGACAUAGCAAAGGAGACCGCCAAGGACUGGAAAGGCCUGCGCGUCACGGUCAAGCUCACGGUCCAGAACCGCCAGGCCAAGGUGUCGGUGGUGCCCUCCGCCGCCGCCCUCGUCAUCAAGGCCCUCAAGGAGCCCGAGCGCGACCGCAAGAAGACCAAGAACAUUAAGCACAGCGGGAACAUCUCCCUCGACGACGUCAUUGAGAUCGCGAAGGUCAUGCGGCCAAGGUCCAUGGCCAAGGACCUCUCCGGCACCGUCAAGGAGAUCCUUGGCACAUGCGUGUCCGUUGGUUGUACGGUCGACGGGAAAGACCCUAAGGACUUGCAGCAGGAGAUAGCCGACGGUGACGUCGAAAUCCCACUGGACUGAGCUGCACAGUGAGGAGCUUCUUUGUUUUGUUUUUUUUUUGUUUUGUUUUUUUUUUUUUUUUUAAAUAUAAUUUUAAUUUUUGGAUAAUUUGGGGAUUUUGUUGUGAUUUAACAUGUGGUUUACUAUUUUGAGGUAAUUAUAUGAUUUGGAGGGAUUUUAGGAGCUAA